AUGAAGGGACCUUAUACCGGACCCCACAGCGCCGAUUUUCUUCGUGGCGCGCUAACAUAUCUCUAUGGUGGUGUGUUUAUGGAUGUCGGGAUCAUUCUCGUCCGUAGCCUGGACAAGAUGUGUUGGGACAUACUUUCUGAUCCAUGCAAUCCUCAACAGAUCAGCGUGCCCUGGAUGUACGGCACCACAAUGGCAAACCACUUUAUCGCGGCCCGCCAGCACGACCCCUUUAUCAAGAGAUGGCACGAUUUUUGUGCGGAUUAUGCGCAGAAGAAUAUCCUUCGGUUCGAUGCGCUGGAGGAGGAUUGGGCUGCGGAGACGGUGGUUGGGUAUCAGGGCGAGAAGUUGUUUGAAGCGCUGACGACGAGACUUCAUGAGGAUCCGGAGUCGGAGCGGUACAAGAGGGCAUAUGAGACAGUCUGGAGGAUUUUGACAAACUCGAGCAUGCAAAAGGUUACGCAUGGCAAGAAACUAACCAAGACACCGGCGUUGGGUGUGUUGUUAGAUAAGCCUGAGAAUGCGAACAAGGAUAUUGAACCUGGGACUUUUGCGGAUUUGUUGAGAUAUGGAAGUGUACAUUUUGAGCAGACCCGUUCUCAGAUCACGGUCAUACAGACUGAAAAGCCUACAGAGACAAUGAAGAAGGGUAUCUUUGAGCCAUAG